AAUAAAUGCGAAUCAUCCUUCAAAAUGCGCCGCAACGUGGUUCCACUGAUGCCAAAAUGCUGAGCGCGGUGACGAUACGACACCUUUGGGUUCUGGGCAACGCUGUCUCUCACCACUUCAACCAAUUCAUUGGAAAAUCUUGGUCGUUGAUGAACGAAAAUUCGACACAAAAUGACGGAUAGUGUUGUCAGACGGUGCCUGUUUGCCACGAUAUUUUCGACGAUCUGCACGUUGCGUUAACACAACUGAACGACGAUUUUCAGUGUACAUUGUGACUAUUUCGGCGCGUUGUUUCGGUGUAAAGCGAUUCAUGACUAAAAUUGUAGUAAAUU